AUGGGUUGCGCUUCAGAUAAUCAGGACGCCGUCGACCAGUCUUCGUUUUGGAGCCCGAAUGGAGUGAAUUGGGACGCUCAUAGGAUAGGAUGGGCCAUAGCUGGGGGUUGCAGCGUUCUGACACUGAUCAUCACGCUGGUGACGGCGAUGAAGCAUGCAAAGCAUUAUUCGAUGCCUAACGAACAACGACAAAUCUUGAGAAUCAUCUACAUGCCCGCCGUCUACGCUAUCAUUUCCUUCUUCUCGUACCGCUUCUUCCGAUCAUAUACCUACUACUCUCUCAUUGAAGUCGCCUACGAAGCUGUCACCCUCUCCGCCUUUAUACUCCUCCUCAUCGAAUAUGUUGCCGCCACAGCGUCGGCCCAUUCUGCCGAGAACGCCAUUGCCCGUAAGGACAAGAGCAAGCUUCCCAUCCCGUUCUGUUAUUGGCGCUACCGUCCAACGAAGCCAUACUUUAUGUACACCGUCAAGUGGUCCGUACUCCAGUACGUCAUCAUACGGCCAUUAUGCUCCAUCGUGGGCAUCGUGUGUGAAAAGUACAACGUGCUAUGCGAGAGCGAGGGGUUCGAUUUCCACUACGCGAAUGCGUACAUGGAGAUUGUGGACUUUUUUAGCAUAUCGAUUUCGUUGUACGGUCUUCUCCUAUUCUACGGCCUCACCAAGGAAGAGCUCGCUGGUCGUCGACCACUCGCCAAGUUCCUGUGUAUCAAGCUCAUUGUCAUGCUUCCCUGGUACCAAAGCUUUGUCUUCAGCUGGCUCGAAGGCCGUGUCAUCCACGCUACAGAGUAUUGGACUGCAGCCAACAUCGCCAACGGGCUCAACGCCCUUGCCAUCUGCAUCGAGAUGGUGUUUUUCUCGGCGCUCAUGCUCUGGGCUUACACCCCAGCCGAAUAUACCCACAAACCCCCAGUCGCUGGUGCAGGGCGGGCCAUCUUGGACUCGAUAAACUAUGCUGAUUUCUUCCACGAGAUCGCGCUGUCUCUACGAUUCUUCAUCGACUACUUUACGGGCAAGCCCUGGGCGCACGGACCCCGCCAAGACAAGACUGACUUUGCGCAGGCGUUCGGGUUGAACGGCGCUCGACCAACACCCAAUAUGCCGUAUGACAAUCUCAAUUCCGGCACGUAA